CUCGUCGAUGAGCUGGACGAUACGCGACCAGCAGCAGCCUCUCCAGGGUCUGAACAAUCCAUCACAAGGUAUAUAAGUAUACAGUACGCAUCUCGAACCUGUUCAGAAUUUCUGUUUUCUCCCCGCACACUUCACAAUUAAACCAUACCUUAGACUUCUUUCAUCAUGUCGCAUGAUCAACUCAGAACCAUGGAAGCCGUCCUCAACUUCGAAAACUUCCGCCAAGCUCCGAGCUUAGACGCCAAAGCUCAAUCCGCGUUGCUUCGUCCCAACCUGAAGCUCGAGUAUGCGAUAUCCAACUCGGCAGCUAAUGGACUCCCGCCUAUCAGCGUACUGCCCAUGUCUGGCCAACUCCUGUCAAUUCUCACUCAGCUCAUGGGAGUCACGUCGGUACUCGAGAUUGGCACGCUGGGCGGCUACUCGAGUAUAUGCUUUGCGGAAGCCGGUGCCAAAGUCACGAGCAUUGAGAUUGUCCCAAAGCAUCGCGACACGGCAAUGGAGAACGUCCAAGGCCUUGAUGUAGAAGUUCUUCUUGGGGCAGCGGAAGAUGUGUUGCCGAAGCUGGCAGAGGAGGGAAGGAAGUUUGACAUGGUGUUUAUCGACGCAGACAUGGACGGUCAGUGGGAACAAUUCGACUGGGCGGUGAAGUUGACUCGCCCCAAUGGAUGUGUUUUUCUAGACGAUGUCGUGGCUUCAAUGUUCAAGAAUGGAGAAAUGGGGGAGGGGAGCGAGUCAAUCCUGACAAAGAUCGGCAGGGAUGAGAGAGUCAAGGCUACACUUGUGCCCACAGUGGCUUCCCAUUCGAUGCUGCCAACACCAGUUUUCAAUGGCUUUAUUCUAGCCAUGGUAAAGGGUUCAGAAUUAAAAGUCGCGAUUUGAGUAUAGUUCAUUUUACCGGGAUCGUAUUGGGCACACGACCUCUCGGCUCACUUAUUUUGUCU